AGACUUCUCUAUAGUAUUUCCUUCUGAUCGUCUUAUUUGCCUUAUACCUUCUCUGGUUGUUCUUAAGCUUACAUUCUUGUAGAGUGUCAUAAAGUUAAAAGAUUUCGCCUUGUGUGGCGCUCGAUACAAUGCCAGCAGGCUUGCUGUGGAACUGUUUUUUGUCCGCUCCGCCAAUGCUCUACAACUACAGCUGAGUUGUGCCACUUUCGUCCAAGCAUUUUCUCACUGCGUGAAGAAGUUUUUACCUAAAAUUUUGUAGAAAAUGUCGUCCUCCGCCGUAAACCGUUCCACGCUGUCGACCUCGAUUCUGCACAACGAAAGUUUAUCGGACGUGCUCGGCACACUACGCAGCGAGCUGGACAAGUUGAAGGAGCGGUGUCGCGUAGAGAAAAAACGAAUCAACACGACGUUCGGAGGUGGUAGUGCUGCCGCUGAAAAUGUUGUCGGUAGUUCGUCCUCUACACGCGGUUCAUUUCUCACAGAGGAACGACGGCGAGAAAGAAACGAAGAGCAUCAUCAAGAUGGUGGCCGUCCUAGAGAAUCAAGCGAUGAGUAUUUUGGCGGGCUACUUGCCGGGCCCAGUGAUUCCGGUCACCGAGGAGGAGCUGUGGCUUCGUCGCGGGGAACAAGGGAACAAGUCGAUCUGUUUGAUCGGAAUUACGAGGAAAUGAAAGUCGCUGCGGCAGCGAGACGAGCAGGACCUACUAGUGGUGCACAUCAGAGUUCUUACCGAGAAGAUCUAGAUCGUGAGCAGUACGUUGGUGCGCAAGACGCACGGGCAGGAGAACAACCAUGGGCACAACCGUUUUCCGCACAUAAUCCAGAGGAAAACGAUUAUCCGCAGUACAGGUCCUCUUCCUCCUCCGCGUUUCUAUUUGAAAAUGACCGCCCUGUCCCGGUUCUCCGCAAACCAGUCGCCGUCACGCCCACCGCGUACGCCAAAAUGAAUAGUUACGAUAGCGUGCGAAAAGAAGCUUUGGCUUUUCAGGCCGCGCGGAAGAACUUGAAUACGAAAUUUGACGACUACCAGACGGAGCGGGAAAGAAGAAACGAAAUCGUCGCCCGUUCGCCGUUUCCAAAGCUGAUGACAAGUUUGAUGGAAGACGAUGUUGACGUUGGGCCAGCGCCGUUGGAGGAAGAAAAAUACGAUAGCAAUGGGCGAAACAAGACUAGCGGUACUAAAGGUUUCUACUCACUUCUGUUUGAAUAUGCAUGGUGUUGUGAGAUUACGCAUAGUUUUUUUAAAUUGAUUCAUAAAAAAAUCUCCGAACAAACAUCGUGGAUCACGACGGUAUGACGACCAAAGGCCUGACUUUCGCAGCAGUCACGCACAGAUGUAUUUUUGUAAUCAACAUAUUAGGGUUGCGCGACGGAUUUCUCGAUGACAAUGACCUGGAUUUGGUGCAAGAACUGCAAACGGCCAUACCCGAAAGCGAUAACUUCGACCUGCAAACGAGAAUGUUAAAAAGCAGUGGAACGCAGAUCGGCGGUAAUAUACAGCGGGACACGACAACAACUUUUUUUAAUUGGUUUUUAUCGUUUCUACCUAUGUUUUUUCUUUAGCGCCAGUGUGGUGCACCUGGGUGAUGUAGAAGUUGUAUUCACCUGUUGCACCGGUUGUAUUGAAUACGUUGCAUGAUCCUCUUCAGCACCUGGUGCACCACAAGAACAUGAAGCAUAGCGAUUGCUGCAACGCUCAGAAUGCAAUACAGAUUCGCUCCUCGGAAUGGAUCGGUGGCCAUCCUCGAGUAGAACUGCGAAUGGACCAGUCGCGCCGUUGUUCAGCCGGGAGCAACGUCCUGUAUCUUCUCGCCAUGGUAGUAACCCGCGUAGCGGAAGUAGAGGAGACCAUGGGCCGCUGUCGAACCAGCUGCCUAUCCGCGAAGGCAGAUUUCCAUCAAGCGAUGCGACGUCGAUACGAGUGGGAAAUAAAUCCACGAAAGUUCCUCCCGUGUGGAUCACAGAUCGCCCGCCCGUACGCGCUGCGAGCGGUGGUGCGGGAGUGCGCGGCAGUACGGAAUGUCACACGUAGUUGGUUUGUGUUUCAUCAGUCGUAUUGAUCUAAUAGUGUGCUUGAGCAUUCUUGAAGUUUUGUUGUUGCAACUGUAACUUUCAUAGCUGCGUGGUGCAUAACCUAAUGCCCGAUGCUAUUACCGCGUGUGCAGGAAAUAACAAGCUUGUAGAUGAUGGUAGCACCGUGCAAGAGAUUAUGCACAAUGGUGUGGGCAGCCGCCGCCGCAACUGAACAAAAUAAUGUAUUGCAUGCCGCUGUGGAUAAUGUUAUUCGGCGUGGCUGUAUCCAGUUUCAUUUAUCAACGAAAUAUGUUUAUUUUGUUUUUAUUGGGUCUGGCGUAACGAUAACCAAACGACGAUAAGCAGAAGCGCAUACCAACAAUUUUUGUUUAUUCCAUACGAAACAAAAACCGGUCUUCCAGCACCGGUGUCAGUGGGCGGUACCGGACAAGCGGAGCUUUGAACCAGCAAAAAUGGUCCGUCAACGGACGAGUAGCUCCGCAAGGAACAUCAAAUCACAGGACAACUACACAUCACGCUGGUGUCGGUGCGCCGCAAGCAAGACCUGGCGCCGCGACGGCAGCUUCGACAAUGCGACCGCGUUCGCUGUCUUUCGCCAGCAGCGCGCCAGGAGGGGGAUGUGGACAACAUCUACUGCAAGCAGGCGGCGCAAAAAGAUCCGCUGCGAUGCCAAUCGUGCCUGCGCGCCCACCAGCGAGUGCUUCCAGUACUGCUAGCGCCGGAGGCGGCGCACAAAUAAAUGGUGGCGCAGCAGCUGCAAAUGGUGCAAGUAGAGCCGCUGCGGCAUCACAUGCAAAAACGCAGCAGCGCGGAGCACGACAGGAAUUGCACCCAACAUCAGCUGCUGGUACUACAAAUACGGGAAGAAAUAAAGUUCCAAACAAAUCACUUGAAAAUUAUCCACCAUCCGCCUUGACUUUUCACCAAAAGCGAAGUACCAGUCUCGGCACCGACACGAUGAAUUCUGCGUCCGAGCGGGAGCAGAUUUUCAAGCAGGAACUGCAGCAGGAAAUGCAAGACGACGAGGACAGUCUGUUGGCCGCGAAAAUGCUAAACACGCAGGAAUCGAAAGCGGAAUUCGUGGAAAAGCUCGUGCACGACGAGAUCGGGCAUCUGUGGUCGGCUAUCGCGGAACUGAAAGCGGAGAAUGGAGUGUUGAAAAAAGCAAUUUCCAACACCCCGGUUGCGAGUAGGAGAAUAUGCAUUGCAAAUAUGUCUGGGUCUGGAAGAAUUCGAAUUUGUGAUGCGAAGUCUACAUCAUGACAAAAUCUGUCAUGCAUGGCUAGCAAAAGGCCCCAGCUCUUGUUACCGAAAGGGGAUUUGUCAUGCGGAUUGGGCAUUGGGGUACCAUACCUGCUCAAAAUCUGUGGUGCUAUCGCUCGCAUGCGAGACGAUCUAGGUCAGGCAAAAACUGCAUUACAGAUCUCGCAUUCUUCCAGACCCAGACAUUUUUGCACUUGAUAGAGAAGUAACGCCAACAACUUUCUCAGAAGUAGUACCGCCGGUCACCUCCAGAGUGCCGGUGCUGUUCACGGGACAACUGGGAAGAUGAAAUUCACACCAGCAGCAAGAGGGGGUAGUUCUGGCACUACGCAUCCGGUGUGGACCAGCAACACAAUUGGAGUCGGUGGCGGGCCGCGGAGAGCAACAACCCCCAGCAGCGUGUUGACGUGGAGGUGAGUCGUUUUGCUGGAGGAUAUAUGAGAAAAAAUGUGGCUGUACAACAAGCAACAAAUUUGUCUUGCUUCAUGUGCUGGUAUGAAACAAGUUCUUUGAGUGAAACAAAAUGAUUUUGGGGAUUGUGGUGCUAUACUGCAGUUCAGUGCUUACAUUACUUUUACGACUCGAACUCGCAUGUGAUUUUUUUUGAAAUAGGUUUUGCAUGGAGGCAGUGUUUUUCGUCUUCAACUCCGAGUCAGUUCUUGUUCUUAU